AUGGAAGAUGGUUCUGCUGAACCAGUUAAUACGGCUGAUAUGGAUGCUGAAUCCAAGAGACUCAUGGUAGUGAGUAGCCAGGACCUGGUCAUGAAAGACGUUCCCUCUACUGUCAAUGCCUUCCAAACAGCCCGCGGUCUGCUGGGGAAGAAAUGCGAGGAGACAGACGCCCAGCAUGCAGAUUCUGUGUACUACUGUGAGAUGGCUCUCUUAGAGCCUGCACGAAUGGAGAACGAUAUCCUGGGUGACUCUCUGGAGGGAAUGCCAGAAGAUGAAGAGUCUGAUAAGGACCCCAGAAUCCUCAGUGCCUUCAACCUUGUUGACAAAGAAAAGGAGGAGUUAAGAAUGCAAGUAUAUGAUGCCAUGUCCGAGAAAGAUGAGAAGGCUAACAAAGUGAAUGAAGACUCCAAAGGAGACUCAAAGCCUGAAGAAGCUAAGGCCGAUGAAGUGACUGCAGAAACCGGAGCAUAUGGUCUACGAAAAGAGAUAAACAACUGUGAGGCCGAGGGAGAUCGCAAGGACCUAGUCCUGGACUCAUACGCCUUCAGACAUGUGACCGGACAGAGCGCCACAGAUGAAGGAAACGAAAUAAGGCAAAAGAGAGUAACCAACUUGGCAGACAACUGGCGAAGUGACAAUUCCUCAUUGGUCUGCCAAGCUGAAAGGAACGACAAAACCGUGGAGACGUCCCAAGAGCUAGUAAAACGAGGUCUAGGGGGCCGAGUGAGACGGGACCCCUUAAGCAACCUACACACCAGAGUGUGA